AUGUCCUCUAUCCAGAACCCCCACUCUUUCAACCCCUUUGCUGAUGCAAGAAAGGGUGAUGAUUUACUUCCCACUGGCACUGAGGAUUAUAUCCAUAUAAGAAUUCAACAGAGAAACAGCAGGAAGACCCUUACCACUGUCCAAGGGAUCGCCGAUGUUUACGAUAAAAAGAAACUAUUGAAGGCCUUUAAGAAGAAAUUUGCCUGCAAUGGUAGUGUAAUUGAGCAUCCGGAAUGUGGAGAAGUAAUUCAGCCGCAGGGUGACCAGUGCAAGAACAUAUGCCAGUUCCUCGUACAGAUUGGACUGUCUAAGGACGACCAGCUGAAGGUUCGUGGGUGUUAA